GAGUGCCGAGGAGUCAGCUGGAGCCGUAACUUGAACUUCUCCUCAGCCCCUGUCCUCCCUUGUACUUCCUUCUUGGUGGGAGCCCUAGCGACGCGUCUGGCCCGGAGCCCCCAGCGGAGCGGCCGCGUUUGAAGGAUGACCUCUAGGAAGAAAGUGUUGCUGAAGGUUAUCAUUCUGGGAGAUUCUGGAGUUGGUAAGACAUCACUCAUGAACCAGUAUGUGAACAAGAAAUUCAGUAACCAGUACAAAGCUACAAUAGGAGCAGACUUUCUGACAAAGGAGGUGAUGGUGGAUGACAGACUAGUUACAAUGCAGAUCUGGGAUACAGCAGGCCAGGAACGGUUCCAGUCACUUGGUGUGGCCUUCUACAGAGGUGCAGACUGCUGCAUUCUGGUAUUUGAUGUUACUGCCCCCAACACAUUCAAAACCCUUGAUAGCUGGAGAGAUGAGUUUCUCAUCCAGGCCAGUCCCCGGGAUCCUGAAAACUUCCCCUUCGUUGUGUUGGGAAACAAGAUCGACCUCGAAAACAGACAAGUGGCCACAAAGUGGGCACAGGCCUGGUGCUACAGCAAAAACAACAUUCCCUACUUCGAGACCAGUGCCAAGGAGGCCAUCAAUGUGGAGCAGGCGUUCCAGACAAUUGCACGGAAUGCACUUAAACAGGAAACAGAGGUGGAGCUGUACAAUGAAUUCCCCGAACCCAUCAAGCUGGACAAGAACGACUGGGCCAAGGUCUCGGCGGAAAGCUGCAGCUGCUGAAGGGGCAGUGAGAGCAGAGCACAGAGUCCUUCACAAACAAAGAACACACUUAGGCCUUCCAACACAAGCCCCUCUCCUCUUCCAAACAAAACAUAAAGUCAUCUCUCGAAUCCAGCUGCCAAAAGAAACCCCCAUCAACACACUCACCCUAAAACACACACA